AUGCCGGGGGAAAUGGUGGACGAAUGCGAUGGCAGGGGAAGAAGUUGGAGGCGACUACGACUGUUGGGCAAGUUGGAGGCGGCGAUGGUAGUGGAUCAAGAUGGAGGCAACGACAAGAGAUGGUGGUUGCGGGCGGCGAUGGUUGAACAUGAGAAUUGUAUCCAGAUGGUAGUGGACAAGUAUAUAGAACAAGGGUGGUCGAUAAUUAAUUGGAGAAAAUUCCGGCGACGAUUCCAUCGGGGAAACCGGAACAAAUCAACAAUGUAUCUGCAGCUAAGCCAAGCUCCCACCGGAGCUACCACCGCUUUAUCCACACAAACACUUCAUCCCCCAAAGUUUACCCAUCCCGUUCAUCCCCUUUUCUCCAAUCGCCGCCCUAAAUUCUUAUCUACCACCACUUCCACAUCGUUCUCCAACCACAGAACUGUAAUCGUCAAUGCCGACAUCACCAACAAAUCGAAGCCCACCACUUCGUUCACUGAUUCUGAAGACCAACCCAUCUCCGUCGUUGGCCAAGAAAACGUUCCUCUCGAGGGCGUCAUUCAAUUUGAAAAACCCGAUACCAGUGCCCGUUUCAGGAAAUGGGGUCAUGUGGCUUUGCUUUCUGGUGGAGAUGUACUCGCCAUCCUUUUGUUCUCCGCAAUAGGAAGGCUUAGUCAUGGUUUCCCUGUUUUCGAUAGCGAAACUUUGCGAACUGCUGACCCUUUUAUGGCUGGGUGGUUUUUAAGCGCUUAUUUUCUUGGGGGAUAUGGAGAUGAUGGCCGAGGGGUGAAUGGUAAGAGCAAUGCCAUUACUGCUGCUGUCAAGUCUUGGGCUUUGGGUGUUCCUUUGGGAAUAUUAAUAAGGGCCACAAGUAUAGGGCACAUCCCUCCAGCAAGAUUCAUUGCAGUUACAUUGGGUAGUACUGCUGUGUUACUUAUAGGGUGGAGAGCAGUAAUAUCAAGUAUCUUAGCUGAUGAUAAGAGCAAGAAGAAUGAUGUCUACAAGCGUGGCAAUCCAUUUGAGCUAUUUGAGUUGCUGACGUCAUUGGUACGAAGAUGGUGAUACAUGUAGUUAUCCUAUUCAAAUUCACAUUGUAAUUAUUGGAAAAUCUAAGGCAACAGUUUUACAAAAAUACUUUUCACAAGUAAUUUGUUUUCGUUCCUUUUCCUUGCCUUAAAACUACAAUUAAUUCUUACAAUGGAAGUCGAUGAGAGGUCCAUUUAAUGAGUAUAGAUAUUGUGUGUUAGUUGCCCUACAAAAAGGGUCUGGCAAAAGUGGGUUUUUCUGUUUGUAUGAGAUCC